AUGUUAUUCCCAAUGAAGAGGUUUCGGACCCGGAUAAAAAUAAAGGCAAUGCCAUGUUUGAGAUGCGGGGCGAAGACAGCUACUUUUAUUUUCUGGGCCGCUCUCUAUGCGGGCGUCAUGAAGGUGACGUUUUUAAGGAGCAACGACGACGAAUAUGCGAAGGAAUUAUCGAUGGAACCUGACAAUUACACUAAGUGGCUGAUGCAAGGUCCUGUGCUAGGUGACGAUGAAGAACAGGUCCAAAGCAACAGCGAAUGGCUCGAACCGGAUAAUGCUACUUUAAACGAGCUCGAACAACGUGUCAACAAGGUUAAAGAGACUUGCCACUUAAGAUCUCUUGAGGGUCAAACUAUUAACAGUAAAGAAUUCUUCGUGGACCACGCUCACAAUCUUGUUUGGUGCAACAUAUUUAAAGCGGCCAGCUCUUCGUGGUUAUAUAAUUUCAAUAUAUUAGGUGGAUACGACAAAGCUUUCCUCGCUCGGACUAGACACACGCCAUUAACUUUGGCGCGUAGAAAAUUUCCAAGGCCUACUGAAGAAGAAUUAAGAGACGCUAUCGAUACCCCAGGAGUAUUGUCAUUAUUGAUUGUAAGGGAACCUUUUGUAAGAUUAUUAUCCGCUUACAGGGAUAAACUAGAGAAUAUAACGCCACCGUAUUACAGAAAACUAGCCCGAGCUAUUGUAGCUGAGCACAGAGAGGCUGCGACGAAAGUUUUGGGACCAAUAAAGUCUUUUGGUCCAACGUUUUAUGAAUUCGUUGCCUAUCUCAUUUCAAAAUAUGAAUCUGGAACUUUGACCUUUGACGAGCAUUGGGCUCCAUUUUACAAGUUCUGUUCUCCCUGUGCCCUUAAUUACACGGUAGUGGCCAAAGUUGAAACGCUAUCAAGAGAUUCUUCAUAUGUAGUACAACAACUAGGACUUGGCGAUAUUUUGGGACGUAAAGUUGUUAAUCGUAGAACGCGUAUCAGAACUGUUAUGAACAAAUCAAGAGACGGAAAAAACACAUCUGCGCUAAUAAAACACUAUUUCCGACAGCUAGAUAUAGAUAUGUUAGAAAAAUUAUUACUCAUUUACGGCAUAGAUUUCGAAAUGUUUGGAUAUAAUUCGGAUAUAUAUCGAAGUUAUGUGAGAAAUUAA